AUGCAUCAGAAAUCAUUCCAAAUCCUGGUUCAAUCGCCAGACCUUCAGAUUUACCCUAAAUCCAUCACCGGCGAUCAAACCCUCUCUGACCUAAAACGUUCCCUCUUCCCCAAUUCAUCAUCCUUCUACUUCACCCUCCAUGGAAAACCUAUCCCCGACGAUUCAACUUUCUCCCAAUCCCGAAUCGCGCCUCUUUCCACCCUCGUCCUCCAAUCACGCCUCCUCGGCGGAGGAGGAGAUGGCGGAGCUACGGGUGCUGAGUCGCGCGACUGUUACCUUAAAAUGUACGCUGAGAAGAAGCCGGACAAAGUGGAUCCCAACGAACAGAGGCUCUCGAAGUGGCAGAAUUGUGCGCUAUCGAAUGAACCGUUGAGGGAGCCUUGUGUGAUUGAUAAGCUUGGGAAUAUCUUCAACAAGGAAGCGUUGGUGGAGGCUUUGUUAGGGCUGGAGUUUAAUGGAAAGUAUAGGUUCUUUGCUUUGAGGAAUUGUGGGCAUGUUUUGAGUUCAAAGGCUUUGAAGGAGGUUAAGUCUUCGGCUUGUUUGGUUUGUCAUGAGGAGUUUGGUGAGGGUGAUAAGAUUGUGAUCAAUGGGAAUGAAGAGGAAGUGGAGGUUUUGAGGGAGAGGAUGGAGGAGGAGAAAGCCAAGGUUAGGGAGAAGAAAACCAAGAAGGUCAAGAAUAGUGAUAGUGAGGGUUUGAAUGGUUUGGGUUUAGAAGGGUCAAAGUUGAGUGGUACUAAGCAUGGUAUGGAUGUGGAGAAGGCUUCAGCUAAGGUGGAUAGAAAUGGGAAGGUUGCUAAUGGUAAUAAAAAUGUCAAUGGUGGUGCAGCUGCGGCUAAGCGGUUUAAGGCGACUGAUAUUGCCCCGGCAAAUGCUACCGAGGUCUAUGCCUCUAUUUUUACUUCUUCUAGGAAAUCUGAUUUUAAAGAAACAUAUUCUUGCAGGUCUCUUCCUCUUGGUAGGAACUAA